GCGCUCCCGCAUCGGUCUCCGCACACGCAAAAACACCUUCGAAAAAGAUACACUCCGGCGUAGCGGACGCAAAACACAAAACAGACUAAACCGCGACGCGAUAACUGAAAAUUCUACAAAAAAUUAAAAUUUGGCGGCGGAGUAAAGUAUUUAAAUCGGUUGGGAAUAAUAUUGGCUGAAUAAUAGAGGGCUGUCGUCGGUGCGUGUCGCGACGAGUUUUAAUUCGAUUUCAACCGCACGCAGCGAAUAUUAGCGAAUUCAACAAGUCUCGAUUGCGCGGCGUGAUUUCGUAAGCUUUUUUUCUUCCCGGGUGCGAAAGCUUACGCUCAACCGAUUGGCAACCUGUUGAACUUUCUCAACUCGAUCGUGCUCGUAACAAAGGAUAGUAUGAUGCGUGUGCCCGUGUACAUAGUAUGCGCGGCGAUAAUCGUUGCAGUAAACAGCGAAGAUAAUUAUUACGGCCGGCAGAAUGCGCAGAGCCUCGGCUACAACAAUCUGGAGGAUCAGGAGGCGCUGGGCUACAUGCUGCCAAGACUGAUGGCGAAGUACCGGCUGUACAGACAAUGGGGCGGCGCGCCGCUCCCGUCCUACUAUCCAAUUUCUGAUAUUGACUCCAAUAACAUCGACACUCAGAUGGAAUUGAGUCAGGAGGAGCGCACCAAGAGGGCCGGCCGCGGCGGUCUGAGUCUACGCGACGUCGGCCCAUCGCUCUCCAUCAGCAACUCGCUGGAUGUGCUGCGCAACCGCCUCCUCUUAGAGAUGUCGAGGAAGAAAGAGCUGGAAGGCGCCAACCGCAACCGCGGUUUCCUCUGCAAAAUUGGAAAGCGCGGCGCGCUCUUUGACGGCAAGCGGAGAUGCGAAGAUGAAAAAUACGUCGACGACAAUUAGGCGAGUCGCCGCCGCCCACCCGCCACCGCCCAACCUAUCUCCAUACCCGAGUUAAUUUAAGUUGUGCGAAUUCUCACCUCCCCCGUACGCCAUGCAUAGAUGAUCAACAUUGAUUUCGGUUUGAGGUUGGAUCAAACCACAAAUUCUUUGCGCUGCAGUAACAGGACACCGAUGCGUUUUUUCCACUUUUGGGCUACUUUUUGGAAUGUGAUAUAAAGUGCGGAAUACGUCCUGCUGUUUAUUUAUUACUUAACUUAUUAUUAACUUAUUCAGCUAGUCACAACGUAGAUUUAUUUCGUUGAAAAAACGCAAAGCUUUGUUUAAAAUCAGAAAAAAAUUGAAAUAAUUUUUCGUUUUUUUUUUAAGACGCGGGCAGUAUUCUAGCUUGUACGGCCUACGCAGUAUUAAUUAAUUAGUCGUGAAGCAAACUCUUUAGAGAUAUACGUAACCCCAUUACGCAACAAGAUACAAUUAAAUGUGAAGCAUUCAAUGUCAAGCGCGCAACGGUUUCUAUCGUUUUUCUCUAUUUACAACCACUUCGCAAAAAGUCCACGUGUUCCCCAAACUCCCCAGAGCCUCACUACUAGUAUAACUAAAUGGCAGCUGCGAAAACUAUUACAAGAAAGUUAUAUCACGACUAUAUUCGUAAUGAUAAGAGACAUGAAACACAAAAUACAAACACACCGAGAGAAAACAUGUUUGAAAUGAAUUGAAAAUUGAAAAUUGAAUUUUAGAACAUCUAAGCCAUGCAACGAUAUAUUAUAGCGCAACAAUGUGUGUCCAUGUAUUUUUCUCAGUAGUUAUACUAUGAAUAUGUCUAAAUAUUUAAUCAAAAACAAGCGGAAACAACAGUGAAUGAUGAUUGAGAGAAGAACACGCAGCAUGGCAACACAAAAAUAUAACUAAUUAUGAUGUAAAAGCAGAAGCUAAUGAAAUGAUCAUGUUAUAAGUUAUAUUUUGUAGGGUAUAAUAUAUUUUUAAACUAGAUGUUUUAUCUAAUGAUACAUGUAAAAUUUAUGAUAUAUUUCAAUGUAUCAUAAAAUGUACAAAAUAAAUGGUAAAUGAAAAGCCUACUCUUCAAAGCAAAUAA